AUUUAACUUACCGACGCGACUUGGCUGGAUUUACCUUGUACCCAGAUAAGGAAUCUAACAGAAACAGUGCAGCAUGCUACUACUAUCUCAAGAACUCAUCGAACACAUUAUUGAUCUCCUCAGUGACGACCGUGAUGCACUCAUUUCCUGUUCCUACGCCUCUAGGGUCUUCUAUCAUCGUACCCGAAUGUAUCUCUUCUCUUCUGUGACAUUCACACAGUGUGGCAGCUUUCACGACCUAUCCAGAGCAAGGCUCCUCGCUGAGAUGCCUCUGGCUGCGAGCCAGAUAAAACAGGCGCAAGUCGACCAUUACGCAACUAUAUCUACUCUCUUCUCGUCUUCUCUGUCGUCCCUCGUUUCCUUAGACCUAAAUUACGUUCGCUUUAGCGAACCCAAUGAUUUGCACAUGGCCGUUCUCUCCCUCCCUCUUCUCAAAGAGCUCAAUCUCAAGCAAUGCUACUUUGAGGAAUUCGAGUCGAUCAUCCCAAGAUCGCCACCCGAUGGCCCUGUACUUGAGAACUUGUCCAUUUUGUACACGAAAGCGUCAGUCCUCCUGGAUCCAUUGAUGUCGUUUCGCAGCGUGUACAUGGACUCUCUCGUCAAGCUGUCUUUGCAGAACCCUUAUUUGGAUGCAGAUUUGAACCAAUUAAUUGAGUACUCGCGCAGCGCGCGGAAACUCAAGAUUCUCCGUCUAGCGUGGAUUGAUUACGCUGUUAUUUAUACUAAUCCUCCUACUCGACUUCUUCAUUUGACGAAGCUGGAAGAACUGCAUGUUGGGAUCACCCAUCAAAGGUUCAGCGCGGACGUCGGGAUCAUGCAAUGGCUCAUGCAGUCCCUCCUACAGCCGGAGUCUAGCGGGCUACGCAGACUCAUGUUACGCAUUUUCGUCCAGCACGAUACGGCAUUUUCAAACGAUGGCGGGAUGUGGACGUCAUGGCCGCAGAUAGAUAACGCGCUGCCUAUGACUAGGAUUGACGUUGUUUGGGUUUGCAAAGGAUAUAAGGAUGAGGAUAUGGAUCGUAUAAGUCACGGGAUGAUAGCCUUGGUCAGACGACAAUUCCCAGCAGCUCAUGAAAGAGGGAUGCUGGCGGUAACCGUGUGUGCUUGAUACGUCGGACGGCAAUGCUCUUUGGCAUGAGUUACUCAAGAGUUCCACUUGAAUCUUUUGGCUCAGAUAACCAUGGGUUCUUUUGCACUGACUGUGGUACUUAGGAGCAACUGGAUCUUCACCGAAUACCUUGCAAUCAUUGUAGUAAUUAUGAUAUUGCGGUUACUUAUUGUUUUGUUCAAGUAAAGAAAACAUAGGUCGUCGCUUGUAACAGUAUUCAGUAUUGAAUUUCUAACGAACGCUCGGAACCCGAGCUAAUAAGCGGC